CGUGCGGUGCCGGUGCCGCCGGGCGUCCUGCGCAAUUUGCGCCAUGACGUCUCCCGCGCAUUUGGUCCGGUUCGCGACCAACGUCGACAAAACCCGCCCGUUACCCGCUCGCUGCCCCGCCGUCACCUCCCUCGACGCCCGCCGCUCGCCGCUCGACUCCCUCCUCUCCAGCCGGCCUUCCCGCCCGCACCCCCAGCCUGCGCCCGCCAUGACGCGCCCCCGCAAGGACGUCAAGUUCGCCCACAGGAGUGCCAGCAACGGCCGCGCGCGCCGCGCCUCGAUGAGCAUGUCCGACAUCAGCGAGACGGGCUCGCAGCCCAGCAGCCCCACGCGCAACGGCGCCUUCGAGAAGCCCGUCCUCCCGCCGCCGCAGUCCGAGUACGAGAAGAAAAAGGCAAACUUCAUCGUGCGCACCACCUGGACGCUGGUCAUGAUCGGCGGCUUCUUCUUCGCCCUCGGCGCGGGGCAUCUCUACAUCAUCGCCAUCAUCACCGCCGUGCAGGUCAUCUGCUUCAAGGAGGUCAUUGCCAUUGCCAACGUGCCCAGCAAGGCCCGCAGCCUGCGCUUCACCAAGUCGCUGAACUGGUACUUCCUGGGCACCGCCAUGUACUUUCUGUACGGCGAGAGCGUCAUCUACUACUUCAAGCACAUUCUGCUGGUCGACCGCAUCCUGCUGCCGCUGGCCACACACCACCGCUUUAUUUCCUUCAUGCUGUACAUCAUCGGCUUCGUCUUCUUCGUCUUCAGCCUGCAAAAGGGCCACUACAAGUUCCAGUUCACCCAGUUCGCCUGGACGCACAUGGCCCUCUUCCUGAUCGUCGGCCAGGCCCACUUUGUCAUCAACAACAUCUUCGAGGGCUUCAUCUGGUUCAUCCUGCCCAUCAGCAUGGUCAUCACCAACGACAUCUUCGCCUACCUGUGCGGCAUCACCUUCGGGCGGCACCAGCUGAUCCAGAUCUCGCCCAAGAAGACGUGGGAGGGCUUCCUCGGCGCCUGGUUCUUCACCGUCGUCUGGGGCGUCGUCGCCACCCACUUCCUCGCGCAGUACAAGUUCUUCAUCUGCCCCGUCAACGACCUGGGUGCCACCAUCUUCUCCGGCCUCGAGUGCAAGCCCAACCCCGUCUUCACCCCGCAAACCUAUGCGCUGCCCUUCAUCCCCGCCGGCCUCCCCGCCUACCUCCCCUUGCCCCAGACCUUCUCCAUCGCCCCCGUCCAGUUCCACAUGGUCAUCCUGGCCACCUUCGCGUCGCUGAUCGCGCCCUUUGGCGGCUUCUUCGCCUCCGGCCUGAAGCGCACAUUCAAGAUCAAAGACUUUGGCGACUCGAUCCCGGGGCACGGGGGUAUGACGGACCGCUUCGACUGCCAGUUCAUCAUGGGCUCGAUUGCGUUCUUCUACUACAGCAGCUUCGUGGCGACGCACUACUCGACCGUGGGCGGGGUCAUCGAGAGCGCGAUCACGGGGCUGACGCACGAGGAGCAGUACGAGGUCGUGCAGAUCCUGGUCAAGAACUUGGUGAACCAGGGCGUUGUUGCGCCGCAGAUCCUCGAGUACCUCGCCGCCCAGGCCGCGAGGCGCUAGCCGCCCCCCCCGACGCAACCAUCGCGUACACGCAGCCUCGCCGCUGCACCCGCUGCACUCGCUCGCUCGCACCUCGCACCCCGUGCGCUGCGUUUCCGCGCCCCUCCCCACGCCCGAAGACACUCAGCACCCCGCGCGAUGCACGUAGAUACAGAUACCCCGCCCGCUCCAUUGUAUGUAUGCGGAGCUAGUACGACAGUAGUAUACAGGACAGGAUAGGACAGGAUAGGAUAGGAUAGGAUGGGAGUGAGAGGAGACGAGGGGAGGGGAGGGGAGGGCAGGGGAGACGACGGUCGUGUAAUAACUAGGGUGUGCGCCGUUCGCGGUAUUAUAUAAUAUUUGAAUCUAUGUGGCUAUACCUAUUCGAUACUCGAUGCUGUGUCCACGGC